UAUGAGGCUAGAAUAAACUUUAUAAGUAAUUUCAAUAACAUGAGGAUUAUUUAUUAUUGUUUUCUGUAUCUUACGGUUUUAUUUUCAAGUUCAUAUAAUUGUGAGAGCACCACAGAAAACACAGCGAAAUUGCUAGAAACAUAUAGAAACUACAUCAAUGCCUCUCACGACUUGGACAAGAGCGACCGGAUGAUGAUGAAGGUGUGGACGUCCGACUUCCUGCUGCAGAUGGUCAACAUUACUUCGCAUUACAGGCUUGACAUGUCAAGGCAUAAAGAGCGUAACUUUAUGAGUAUUAAAGCCAAUCCUAAGUGGAAAGAAUGCAUGAAUUUACAUCAGAACGAGGUUAACAAAGCAGAAAUGGCUUACUAUGACGAGGAGAGCAAAUGUGUGAAGACUGCCAACGAGGAGGGGGAUCAGAAAAAGCAAUCUGUGGUUCAAAUUGAAAAAGAGAUCAGAAAAUGGCGUAAAAGUUACAGGUACCUGUCAAACCAAUGUAAUAAAAAUCACCCGAGCGAGGACGAAGCGGCCGGGAAAUGCUUAGUUGAAUAUAUGCAAAAAGACAAAUACCACAUCACAUUCCAAAGGUUGAUACUUCUAAAGCUGGAAUCCAUGUCGUCGCUUUACAAUCAAAUACUGGCUUCACUUGGAACGCUAGAAGUGUGUUUGAAGACUGUUUUGUCGCGAUAUCUAAGCAAUGUUAGACUGGUUAUGGGCAAUUUGAACCACUGUUACAAUAUAAGAACUUUAUCCGAAUAAUAUCUUUACCAUCAUCAUCAUCGAAGCUGUGGGUGCGCCUUGGCUUGGUCAGGCACAUUUCACCAUUUGAGGCGAUCAGAAGCUGAUUCCCACCAGCUCCGAGCUCCCAAAACCCUCAACCCUCUCAACUCCAUCACUCCAUCGACCCCUAGGUCCUCGGCCGCUAUGCCCCUCCAAUUUGCCCUCCAUCAAGCAUUUUGGGGUUUGAAAAUAAGCAGACUGUUUUCGUCUUUCUUGUUUAAGACCCAACUCUCUGCUCCAUAUGUAAGUAAGUAUUGGCCGGAGGAAGGUCUCAUAUACGAGUAUUUUCAGACUUCUCGACAGGAUCUAAUAGGAAACAUCAUUAUCACAUAACUUUUUAUCUGUUAGUUGGAUAUACUUCUUUUGUUUCCAUAUUCCAUGGUCUAGUGCCGCUUGUGUCCGGCGGUGAAUUCCUAUCAAAACUAUUUUAGCUCAAACUCUUUCCUUAAAUUCAUUUCUACUGAUGAUUGAGUUACAAAAGCUCAAAAUGAAUGAAUACACUUUCAUUGUACACCACAGAGAAAAUUCACAGAGAUAUAAAUAAUAGAUUUAGUUUAUUUUAUUAAGGUAGUAGGUAAAAUUUCGGUAAUGAUUGUUUCAUGUAGACAUGUCAAAGGCACUAAUGAAUCGGCCAUACAUAUUAUGAUACCAAAAUUGAAAGGUGAUGCUGGCAACUACGACACCUAUAUUGAGGAUAACAGUUCUUUUAAAUGGUUAUAAAUUUUAAAUUUUUGGGUUA